AUGUCGCCCUCAUCGUUGGCGACGCUGGCUUUUCUUUUGGCGCUUUUGUCCAUUUCCCUCGCCGCCGACCAUCGCGGCAAGAGGCGGCGAGACUCAGGAGGACGCUCGCAGCACCCUCUACGGGCCGCCACCGGCUACGGCGACUCCAGGGCGACACGGAGGGGCCGGAACGGCGGUCACGUGUCCCGCGGGCCGGCGCGCCGUUCGGGUCGUCCCGAGGACGACGGCGCGGGCUGGGGUCGGCGGCCGGCGUGGGCUGAGGCAGGACCGCCGGGUGGAGCCGGACUGAGAGACAACCGCUUGAUGGGGACCCGCAAGGGAAGAGGAUAUGGACAUGGCGACCAUUCGCAGAUUAGGAGACAUGGAGGGAGACGGGACAAGGGACGGCACGGACGAGGUUUUUUCGCAGGCGUCAUCCCGGAUGAUCCCCCGCCUCCGUCCUCCUCUGCCUCACUGGGAGACGGCUCCUCCCCCAACUUCACCACCUUCGGCUCCGGGUCCUCCUCCAUGGUCGCCUUGGUGACCGACGAUCACUCCCCUACGCUUCCUCCGUCUACCACCCGACCCCAGCGAGCGAAGGGGCAAGGCGAGGUGCUGCCCACCCUGGACAUGGCACUCUUCGACUGGACCGACUAUGAAGACAUAAAGCCUGUGGAUGGGUGGCCUUCCUCCCGGAAAAAAGAAAAAAUGCGAAGUAAAAACCUGAGCAGCGGGAACGCGACCAAUGAUGCGGACGACGUUGAACCGUGUGACCACCACCUGGACUGCCUACCCGGUUCUUGCUGUGACCUGAGGCAACACGAAUGCAAAGCUCACAACCGAGGCCUCAACAACAAGUGCUACGACGACUGCAUGUGCGAGGAAGGCUUCCGAUGCUACGCCAAAUUCCACCGCAAGCGGCGCGUGACGAGGAGGCGCGGCCGCUGCGUGGCGCCCGACUCCGUCAGCAGUGACCAUGGCGGCUUCAUCACCGUUUGA